AUGUGGCGUGUGGCUAGACACCGGUGCCUGCGGCUGCUCGGCCAGCGCGCCGUGGCCAGCCCCGGUGCCACGACGUCGACGCCGGAGCCGGACGCCGCAGCGGCGCACCCCAGCCUCUUCAGCGCCCCCGCAACGUUUCGCACCGUGGGCCGUGAUGCAGAGUUGCUCUCACUCUGGCAGAAUCUCUUGUCAGGGCGCCACGUUCAGGCCAUUACGGGGCCAGACGGUAUCGGCAAGUCUUCUAUCGCCGCGGAGUUUUGUGACCGGGCGCGGCGGAGUGGGCGCUUCACCUGUAUUCAGUGGUUCGAUGCCAGGGACUCCCUGCCGUCUGAGGUGGUUCACUUCUUCCACUCUAUGCGGGGCCGCAGGGAAAAAGACGUGCUCUUGGUUAUUGACGGCGUCGAUGACCCGCAUGCGGCGCUCCGUCUUAUCCCUGAGCACGCGAACGUUUACACGCUUCUCACAUGCAGUGCCCCUAUCGAAUGCCCUACACAGAUGAGCGUGCUAAAAGUUCAACCGUUGCCGCCCAACGGUGUGGAACAAUUUCCACACGCAAUGGAGCUGGAGGAUUCGAGAACACUAGGCGAGGUGCUCUCUGCGCUUGGCUACGUGCCACUUCUCAUGCAUGUUGCAUCGUGUCUAAUGGAGAGUGGCUCCACCAGCGCGGAGGAAAUAAAGCGGGCGCUACUCGCAAAAGGGAUAGAUGGAGAAGGGACACUGAGCAUUUCUUGCGCGCUUGGCGUUCUACUCGAGCUCGCGCUUGUAGUGCUUGAGACACAACGUCCAGGAGGCACCCGUGUGUUAGCGAUGACGGCGUUAUUUGACAUCAGUAGCAUUUCCUAUACUCUCUUGGACCGCUUACUGGGUGAUGACUCGGGGGAGGCCUUCGCCCUGCAGGCCGCUGAGUUGGGCAUAUGCGAUCAGCGCUGGGAUGAGGGCUCGCUGACCCUGCACCCUUCCAUUGCACAGACACUUCUCAACAAGGCAGAUGCUGCAUGUGUGGAGGAGUGCACGAGGGCGCUGCUUUGGCUCUGGCCGCGUCGCUGGCGUGGGGCUGGCAGCAGCGUGGCACAUGAGUUGAUGCGCCACACCCGUGCCAUUUGCAAGAGCUGCGAUGCCCGUCAGAUGCCCCUCAACGAUGAGCUUCUUCUCUGCCUUGACCGCAGUGCGACUCUUCUUGCCCUGAUUGAGGGCAAGGAUUUGCCGACCGCCGCAGAACUUUGGCUUCGCGUGAUACGGGCAAACCAGGAGGUGGCGAAGAGGGACGUGGAGGCAGUUAGAAUAGGUAGAGAAUGUGGCCGUCUGCUGCACUUCCUUCGUGACGAGCGGGCCGGGGACGUGUUGCGGUACGCCUUUGAGUUGGCGUGUGCGGUGCACGGGAAACAGUCGGCCGAGGCCUCCCUCGUUCUUGGCUGCUACGCCCCGUACCUCGCUGCCUCGGGCGAGGCGAUGCGGGUGCUACAAGGGGGUGUGGCCGCGCUGGAGCAUCGCAUGGCAUCUGCGGACACGGUGCUCGGACGGGAGGAGGCGCGCAUGCUGCAGGAGACCGUCUUUGUCCUGCUCCUACGACAGGGGCAGAUGCUGCAGGAGAUGGGGGAGACGGUGCCCGCCUCGCUCUGGGCGGCGCUGCAGGAGGUGGAGCGGCGCAUCCAAAAGGGUGGGCGGCCGGCGCCGCAGUGA